CUUAACUACCACAACAAAAAUGGAGAAAGCAGCUUUGAUAUUCAUUGGUACUCUAGUUUUUUCAACAUGUAUACCGAUUCUGGCACAAAAUGAACAACGAACUUGCUUUUAUAACUCUGAUUGUGUUGGACUUAAAUGUCCAGGAAAACAUGGACAGUCCAUUUGUGUGGACACUGACUGUGAAUGCCCUGUUCAAAAUUAUGGGGCAUUACCUGAUGAUACCAACUGUGGUGUGGCUGCUUGCAUUGACUAUUGCAAGGCAAAAGGAGAAGUAGCUUAUGCUUGUCUUUUGAACCAUUGUUACUGUCGCAAACCUCCUAUGUAGAUUUUACAAAGAAAUCACAUUCUACUAAUAAAAAACAAGUUCCUUAAAAUACAGAAGUUUUCUAUAUUAAAUCUUACUAUAAUAAAUUAAUUUAUUUCAUGCAAAAUUUUAAGUUUGAAACAAAAUAGAUUUACCAGUAAAUCAAAAAUAUUUUCUAACAUGAAUAGAAAAUAAAACAUAUUUAUUUAUACAAAUAUCACUAUAGUUAAGUUGAUAUUAAAUAAUUUAAGUUUGCAUUAACAUUUUGAUCGAAUAAAUCUUGAUUCUAAAUCUAUUCUUUUUUUUUUGGCCCUUACUUUCCAUGAUUUUAAAUCUAUUCAACAAGAUGAAUAUAGAAGAAUUUUCAUUUUUAAAUUUAGACAUACAAACUUAUUUUAUUAUCUAAAAAUAUGAAUUACUCAGAUUCAAAAGAGUGACAUAUGUAACAUUACUGUUCAUAUCCUUCUCAACAUACUAUUAGUUUUCUCAACAAUUCGACUGAAACUGAAACCUUCAUAUCUCUUUUCAAUAGAAAGAUAAUACUAAUAUCUACGUACGGACAUAAAAGAUCACCCAGCUGCAGUCUGUCAUCAGAAAGAUACAUUCAAAACAAUAUUUUUGGUUUACUCAUUUUUCUCUAAAUUCAUAUGAAAUGUGUCUAUAUGUUUCAUCACUUUUUUAUGGAUCCCCUAAUUUUAAUCAUUACAAGCGUUAACCGUUUUCUUGAAUUCAUCAUAUAUGAACAAAAAUAAUACAUACUAUUUUUUAUUCAUGAUUACUAUUGCUAAGAACAUUAACUAUCUCCUGAGGCUUUUAGCUUCCUUGGUAAGCUCUUAAUUCAUCAUCUAUCUUGAGAUGCAAACUCUUUACCAUUUCAUCUCUCCCUCUCCAGGAACGCAAGUAUAGCAGCAAAUCUCUCAGGGCAGGUGAAUCCGUCUUGAGAAAAGCCGAAGAUGUUGUCAGCAGCAUGCUCGCAAAGGGCUUCAUUCUAGGAAAAGACGCAAUCGCCAAAGCCAAAAGCGUCGAGGAGAAACACCAGCUUACAUCCACUGCAUCAGCCAAAGUCGCAUCUCUCGACAAGAAACUCGGGUUUCACCGACAAGAUCAACACCGGAACAGUCGUGGUGGGCGAUAAAGUCAGGGAAGUUGAUCACAAGUACCAAGUCUUGGAGAAAACCAAAUGAGCAAUCGCUGCAACUGAGCAGAGUGUGAGCAAUGCGGGUUCGGCUAUAAUGAAGAACCGGUACGUCCUCACGGGCGCCACGUGGGUCACCGGAGCUUUCAACAAAGUGGCUAAAGUUGCAGAAGAGGUUGGACAAAAGGCCAAAGAGAAAGUUGGUAUGGCUGAGGAAGAAGACAAGAGGAAAGUGGUUGAUGAGUUUGCUAGAGUUCACUUGUCUGAAUCACCAAAGAUAAAUGUUUAGUUUGAUAAAAAUAAAUUACGAAUAGUACAAAAUUAUGUUAUUUUGUUGUAUGGUUGUUACUUUAUCAUUGAUGUUCUUAUGUUUUUGAAUCCAGUACAAAAAAAGAUUAGCUUAUUUGAAUUAUAAUAACAUUAAAAUAAAAUUUGGAACAUAUAAAAGAUUGAUUAAACCAUUUAGAAAUCAUCAAAAGUUAAUGCAAAAUAGAUAUUUAGAAAUUUUAAAUUUAAAUAGAAAAUAAAAUAAAAAUAUAUAUUAACUUAGGGCUUCCCAAACCUAUGAAAAAAUUCAUACUAGUCCUCAAAGGUGCAGUCCAUAGAUAGAUUUUCUCUUCGAGUAUUCAAAUGAGUCGAAAGUAUCAAUAUCCAUAAAUUGUUCCGUAAAAAAUAUAAAAUAAUUUAAAUCAGUAUAAUACAGCUUAAAAUUAUAUCACAUAACAUUUACAACUUUAUUUUCUUAAAAGUAAAUCAGUGAAAUAAGCACAAGAAUUUUUUGUACCAAAUUUUUUGAAAUUUAAUAAUUACUAACGCUAAAUUAAUAUAAAUAUAAAAUAUAAAAUAAUUAUGUAAAACAAGUUACAAAAUAAUAGUGUUUUAAAGUUUCAUGAUAUAAAAUAUCAAAAAUUAUAAAUAAUAUUUUUAAUAACUUUUUAUAUUAAGUAAUUAUACACAAUUUUAAGAAAUACAUAAAACUCUUUAUCAUACUUUUAGAAAGUAAUUUCAGAGUAGUACAUUGGACACUGAUACUCUUUCCAAAGUACAUGAUUUAACAUUAAAAUUUAUCAAAUACGGUUGAUGUAUUAGUUAAGAAAUUAGCUGAUAAUAAAUGAGAAUAUUGACCUUUCACAAAAGAAAAGAAAGAAAUUAUUAAGCAAUGAAACACAAUUAUAAAACAUAUUGUUUUAAAAGUGAAAGAAAUAGCAUAUUAUUCAUGGUUUAGAAAACUCUUAUUUUCUAACAGUUAUAAAUAGUUUCUGUAAGCACAUCAUGUAGUCAUUCAAAAAGAAAAGAGACUAACUAGCACAACAAAAAAUGGAGAAAACAGCUUUGAUAUUCGUUGGUAUUCUACUUCUUUCAACGUGUACACCGAUUCUGGCACGUACUUGUGCGAAGGACUCCGAUUGUGCUUCAGUCACAUGUCCAUCCGCAAAACCCGUUUGUUUUUAUGGUACUUGUGAAUGCCCUCCUGACAACUAUAGAGCAUUACCUGAUAAUACCAACUGUGGUGUUGCUACUUGCACUGACUAUUGCAAGGCAAAAGGAGAAGUAGCUUAUGCUUGUAUUUUGAACCAUUGUUUUUGUCGCAAACCUCCUAUGUAGAGUUUACAUUCUACUAAUAUAAAACAAGUUCCUUAAAAAUA